AUGAAUACUUACCAGUUCGUGGAAGCUAUCAUGUGUAGUUACAUGUGUAGACACAUCGCAAGAAAAUUUCUGCAAACGAUAUACGUAUUGGUUCUAUGGUCUAAUACUAGAGACGUGAGUACAAUUCCAAUAACACAGAUUAAAAAAAAUUGUAACGGAGUCACUGCAAAGUGGGGUGAUUCUUAUUACCCGGUAAAAGUAAUACGUGUCAAUAGUAGCAAAGAGUGGCUCGAUUCAUUGCACGUGUCAAAAGAAGGCAUUAUUUUAGACAAUAGUGAGAUAAGGAACUGCAACAAAAUGUCGCGGCCUUCAGCGAAAAAAACUAAUCGCUUGGAGAACAAGAGGUUGAACGAACUAAAUAAGAAGGCGUCAAGAGCACAGGGAUACAAGGUUUUGGAAAAACGAUCAAUUUUUUCAGAAGAUGACAGUGAAAAUGAAAGGAAAGAUGAAUUAGACCUGGAAGAGAGUGAUGGAAGAAAUUAUUCUGAGCCGGAUGACAAUGUCGUCAUGACGCACGAGGGCAACGAAAAUGAGAAUAAGAAGGGCGCAGAGCGAAAUUGUAUAUGUUCACAGCUUCCAAAUAUUACCGAAGAAGAUAUACGAAAAUUGCAAAUGAUACUGGACCUUGCUAAAGCCAUAAACCCAGAAGUCUUAAAAGACCUUGAUAACAUUAAUAAAAAAGCUGGUUUCACCAAAAAUCGAGAGGUUCCAAUAGUAGAGGGCUCCAAGUGCAAAUUACCCGAAUGGAAACUUAGCGUUUACAGAACUUCGUACAGAAAAAAUCCUAAAGAAAUGGUUCGUCGUUUACUAGUUGAUCUUAUUGGAAUCGAUAUGCUGAAAAAAUCAUCUGCAAAGGGGGGAAAUAACAGGGAACCCAUCCCCGAAAAUAUUUUUGAAGAUGUUCAAAGCUUUGUAAACUUGAACACAAAACCUCAGUUUAGGCUUACUCACGAACAAUAUACUGCAGUCAUCACAUCCAAGUGCGCAACUUUGAGAAAUCCAAAAGGCAAAAAAGGAACCAAUAUUUGUAUGGCCAACGGCAAUUCUACGGUUAAAUCUUCCAGGCGAAGUUUGUCGCAAAAAACAAAGUUUCACUCGAAUCAAACUAAUAGUAGCUUCAAGAAUAUGACAGAAGGUGAUUUACGAACAAUGGAAGAGAUUCGAAAUAAAAAUACUAAAGGCAAAGGAAGUAACAGCAGUAAAAGUAAAAAUUAUGAGGAAGAAAUAGUAGUGAGCAGUAGAGAAGACAAUUCGAGUGAUCAAAAUACCGAAAUAGCAGAUGAACAGCAAGGUUCUAGUACGAAAGAGAAAUCCGAGGUGCGAAAACGAGAAGGCGACAAGAAUAAGCAGUUUAAUGAGAAGAGCAAACCUGGUGAAAAGAGGCAAUAUGAGGGAGAUCAACAAAGUCUACUGAGAAACGAAAAAGCGAAUGAAAGAAACGAAUCUGAUGGAAAUGAAGGAAAAAGCAGUGAACCAAUAUUUGAGAAACAGCGAGAUGGUAUAAACGAGGUUAAUAAAGAGAGAAGGCAAAACAGAGAAAAAAGCCUCGAGAAGGUCGAACAGAAGAGCGAAAGAAAAGAAUCUGAUGGAACGGAACGACAUGAGAAAGAACAACAUGGCAAGAAAGAUACCGAACUGCUAGUUGAGAGUCGAAGAUCUGAUGGAAAAGGGCUGUAUGAGGAAAAGAAGAUAGAUAGAAAAAAAAAUGAAGGGUCAGACGGGAAAAUAGGAGCAAAAGAAUAUCGGAAAAAUCGGGAUGAAGUCAAAAGUAAGAGUGAUGAUAAAAAGAAAAGACACGAGGAAGAGCAACAACGUAGAAAGAAAAGCAAAUGCGACCAAAAAGGAGAAAAAUCAGUUGAAAAGGAAUAUCGCGAUAAGUACGAAGUGACCAGGGCAAACAAGGCACAAGAGAAAGAAAGAAACGUCAAUGGGGAGAUGAGUGGGAAUACGAAAAUAGAACAGAACAUCAUAAAAAAUAUAAGAAACAUUCAUGAUUAUCAAGACAAAAAUAUUUAA